AUGGAGGUGCACAGCCUGAGGAGGACCCAGUCCUUGAAGAGCCUGUCUGGGGUUCAUGAGGGGUCAUGGGUGCCGCCAGCUUUCACCCGCUGGGACAGGAAGUCUGUCUCUCAGCUUGUGCAACAGUACCAAAGCUGUGGAGAGCUCAGGAUUUCAGAGCAAAAAGCAGAGCAUAAACUCCAGGGGUCUAAGGUGAGCAGCAGGGUUGAAGUCUUUGAGAGUCAGGCGGAGGGCCGGUGGAGGACGCUGCACAGUGCGGACCACCUGGGGUCUGGAGGACGCCCGGGCCUGACCAGGAGCCGCUCCAUGGAUGCCCUGCCCCGCCAGGAGGCUUCAGGCAUCAGCGCUCUGCGUGACCUGUUUGAGUCCAAGGCCGGCCUGCAGCAGGACUUCUCCAGCAGCCCCCGCCUGAACACAACAUCUGCUACUGGAAGUAAGACAGGGAGAGAGCGCCCCCUGCAGGGCUGGAAAUGCAACACCACUCAUGGAGAGGACAUGUCCACUCAGAGCGCUCCCCGGCCGAAGAGAAGGACGACCGUAAGUGGACUCCCGGAGUCUUACGCCAGAGCGUCCAGAUACUCACAUGAUGACAAAAAGACUCCGCCACUGACUAAAGGAGAGACCCCAGUAAGACAAGGCCAGGACAGGAUUUCCACAUCCGCCUCAGUGAGAGACAGAUCUGCUCUCUACCUGUCAAAAGUGGCAGCUACAGAAUCCACAGGAGGCUCGACACAACCGCAGGAAUUCAUUGGUACCCCAGGACAAAGGGCUAAAAACAUUAAGAUGGCUGAUGUAACCAGACAAAUCACAGUUUCAGGACCAGCUCAUGAUGAGGACGACCUGCCUCUCCCCCCACCUCCCCAAGUCCCACCCAGACCCCUUGACUAUGAAGGGCCCUCGUCAUUAAGCAGCCUCCCUAUGCCUCCACCUAAAGAAACCUUCUCAGCGUUCUACCAGCAAAGGCAAAAAAGUGAGCUGAAGAGGCUUUUUAAACACAUUCACCCAGAUCUGCGGGCCAGUCUCGAUCAUGUUGUGGAUGAUGAGCUGAUGGAGGUGGUGCAGUCAGAAACCACUCAGGCGGCAGAUGCAGCCUAUCAGGGUGAAGUGCAGUCCAUGAGGUGGAUCUUUGAGAACUGGACCCUGGACAAUAUUGGGGAUCCUCAUGCAACCAAGAAGCUGCUGGAUGAGGAAGACUUAAAAGGUGGAGAUGUCAGAGGAACGUCUUCCAUGUUCGAGCACAUUGAGAGUCCUCAACAAAGUUCUGGGGCAAUUGCUGAGAGGCAGAUUUCUGUCAGAGGUGACGUCCGAACAUCAACGUGGCUGUUUGAGACACAGCCCUUAGAUUCCCUAAACAAACUAAAAAGAGAAGAAGGUGAACUGGUUGAAGCAGUGCUGAAAGAACCCAUCCAGACAGGUGACGUGCAAGGGGCUCGGCUGCUUUUUGAGACUAGACCGCUGGGCGACUUAGGGCGCUGCGACUCCAUUGAAGACCGUAACUUCCUGAAACUAAAGUCUGAGCUUCAGGAGCAGAAGGGAGAUGUCAAGAAGACUGUGAAACUCUUCCAGGCAGAACCUUGCUGUGCCAUCAGAGACAACAGUGGUAACAUCCAUGAGAUUAAGUCCAUUUGCAGGGAGGAGAUCCAAAGCAGUAACAUCAGCACUGCACGUUGGCUGUUUGAAACCCAGCCUUUGGACAUCAUCAAUAAGGGAACUGAUGGAGUGAAAAUUAUUCGGGGUAUAUCACUGGAAGAGGGCCAGAGAGGUGGAGUGGAUAGAAAGAGGUGGAUGUUUGAAACUCAGCCAUUUAGCACAAUACAAGAGGGCACGGAAGUGCAAGGGUUUGAAGCAACUGUCGCUGACUACGCAGGAGAGGCUGACGUUGGGAACAAAAGGAAGCUAUUUGAAACACAGCCCUUGGCAGCAUUGAAAGGAGACUCCACAGAAAGUGCUUUAGAAAAGGAAGAAAUACUUAGGGGUGAUGUCAAGACUUCCCUGUGGCUGUUUGAAACUCAACCCAUUGAGACCCUUACUGACAGCUACGAAGUUGGACGUUUGAAGAAAAUUACCCUCUCAGCUGAGGAGCAAGGAGAAGUAAAAGACAAAAAGCAAAUAUUCGAGAACUACUGUACAAAACUGAGCCCCUUAGUCAGAGAACAAGAUAUUGAAAAAGGUGAUGUAAAUUCAUUCAAACAUCUUUUUGAAACAAUCCCUCUAAGCAAGAUUUCUAAUUCUCAUGAGGAGACUGAUGAGAGGAAGGAAAUUGAUAUCACUGGAGGAAAUGUGAGAGGUAACACAGCAUUGUUUGAGACAACGCCUUUAUAUGCCAUAAAAGACUCCUCUGGAAACCUCCAUAAGGUCACAACAGUCAGCCGAGAGGAGUUCAUCAAAGGGAAUGUCCAAAACUACAAGUGGAUGUUUGAGACCAAGCCUCUAGACCAGUUUGCAGAGGGAGAAGGAAAUGUUGAGGUAAUCAAAGGCAUUACCAGACAGGAGGAUACAAUGGGCGAUGUUAAGAUGGCAAAGUGGCUCUUUGAGACACAGACAAUAGAUGGGAUCCAUUCCAAGUUCAACCAGACAGAGCAAAACUCCUCUGCACAACAGGAGGAGUCUCAUAAAGGUGAUGUCAAGACCUGCAAGUGGUUAUUUGAGACACAACCCAUGGACAUUUUGUAUGACAAAUCCGAGAAAGUGCAUGAUAAAGAAACCAUUGAAAACACGAAUGUCAAGUCCUUCACCUGGCUUUUUGAAUCACAGCCUCUAGACAGCAUUAAAGACACUGAGGAGCAUAAUUUGAAGUUAUGCAGCACCAUGCAGGAUUCUGUUAAAUCAGAGGUUGGGGUCCAAACAGUCAAACGUCUAUUUGAGACAGAAACUUUGGAUAGAAUACGAAAGGAUUCAAAUGCAGAACAAGAUGUGAGAUAUGUCAGCCAGGUUGAUGUCCAGUCAGGAGAUGUCUCACGAGUCAAAGAACUUUUUGAAUCCCAGUCCCUUGAUGAAAUAGGAUGCGAAAUGGUGACAGCCUCUGAUGAACAGAGCCAAGAUGAGCACAUUCAGAAGGGAUCAGUUCAUAAAUUCACUUGGCUGUUUGAGAACCGUCCCAUCAACAUGAUCAAUGAUAAGGACAAUGACGACACAAACAUUCACAGAGUUAGUGAUGUUGAGGGUGGUGAUGUACACAACAAGAAGUUCAUAUUCGAAACCUUCUCACUUGACAAGAUCCAUGAUCAACCUCUUGAAGAGGAAUUCGUCUGUGUGGAAAAGCCUGUGACCAAUGUUGACGUGAAGUCAAGCACCAUGAUGUUUGAGUCUCAGCCACUGUAUGCCAUCAGAGACAAGGAGGGACAGUUUCAUGAGGUAACUACUGUGAAGAAAGAGGAAAUAAUGAGUGGCAAUGUGAAAGGAGCUAGGUGGAUGUUUGAAACCAAGCCGCUUGAUGCCAUCAAGGCAGAAAAUGAGGUUUAUGUGAUCCGAGCUGUCACUCAAGAAGAUGUCAAGAAAGGAGAUGUCAAAUCUGCCAGGUGGAAGUUUGAGACACAACCUCUGGACACACUCGUUAGCCGAGAUGAGUCCUCUGUCAGGGUUGUAGAGGACUUUGGAAGCAGUAAUGUACAGCUGAACAAACAGAUAUUUGAAUCUGAGGAAUCUCACAAGCAGUUUGUGAGAAUGGUUAGUGUCACUGAUGUUCAGCAAGGUGAUGUCCGGACCUCCACCUGGCUCUUUGAGAAUCAGCCCAUUGACAGUCUGAAAGGGGAAUCUCAGGAGCAAGGAACAGUAAAUACUGUCCAUCGGGAAGACACCCAGAAAGGAGAUGUGAAACGCUGCACUUGGCUGUUUGAAUCACAGCCACUGGACAAGAUCAAGGAGCCAGAUGAUGCCUCAGUGCAAGGUGUUGAGGAGGACAUACCUAAAGCUGAUGUGAAGAGCACCACAUGGUUGUUUGAAACCACACCUCUGGACAAAAUCACUGUCAACAGUAUUGCUGACACUCUAUCCUAUCUGUAUCAACACACCUUUAUCCAUUCGAGUGGCAUUAUAAUAGAAGCAAAUGAGAAUAGGAAUGUUAACAUGGCAAAAUAUCAGCUUGACAGCCAAGAGGGCCUGCAAAUCCAGAAGGAGGAGGUUACGGAGGGUAACAUCCGUAACAUCAUGUUACAACUAUUAUGCAAACCAACUCUAAAGCCCCAGAUUUCUCUUCUCAGAGAGGUGGAGAAGGGUAAAAUAAACACCACAGUAGUAGAACUCCCAAUCCAUCAGUCAACCUCACCCAUUAGUCAAGAUAGGGAUCCAAGAAUACAAAACAUUGCUCAGACGAUUGAUAGCCUGCUUGUUCAGUAUAAACAUUUGAAAAGAGGAAUCAUAAUGCAAGAGUCUGCAGGGGGACAAGCAGAGAUGUCAGUUUACUCACUCAUCUGCCACUGCGAAACCAAAAUUGAGAGUCAAGACAUUGAAAGGGGAGAUGUUAAGUCUACUAUUGGAAAUCUUUUAGCUACUGCCAAUAACCAAUGCACUGCAUCCUCCUGCAGAAUAGAUGAAAAGGAAAAGGGGAAUGUAAACUUGUAUAAAAGUUGCAUUGAGAAAGGAGAUCUACAAUACCUGAAGAGUCUUCAUACUGAGGAAUCAGGAGAUGAAGAUGAUGUUGACAGUCUUUUGGCUAAGGAGCACACUGAAAUAGUCCAGGGAGAUGUGAAAGAGGCAAAGAAAAGUCUCUAUCAGCAAAAAGAGCAUGUGGAGCGAACCAUUUCUGAUGUUUUACCAGGGGAUGUAAAGAACACCAAAAAAGUUUUUGCAUCAGAGUGCUCUUUCAACGUUGAAAGCUGUGUCCCAAAGGAAGAAAUAAUCCGUGGGGACAUCUCAUCAGCGAAGCAACAGCUUGCAGCAAGGCAACCAAUAACAGUAGAAAAAGAGGAGGUUGUGGCUGGUGACAUCAAGGCAACAAUGCAGUCAUUAGAACGGGCAAAGCAACAUAGUAUGUAUGUGGAGCGGGAGGUCAUCAAACCUGGAACUAUCUAUGACAUGGACUUGUCGGCACAAGGUCCUGAAACAGAGGGAAACCAAGCUCAGAAAGAGGAAAUUAUAUCUGGAGAUGUGAAAGCAGCUAAAAAGUCCCUUGAAAUGGCAAAGAUGCAAAGCAUGCGCGUGGAGCGUGAAGCCAUUGUUCCAGGAAAAAUAUACAACCUGAAUGUCUCAGCACAAGAGGAAAGCUGCUCAACGGUGCAGCAGUGUACGUCUUCAUCCUCCUCCAGAUGCCAGCAAAUCACGACUUAUCCAAAGUAACUUGUGAAGAGCCCCCAUCCAUUACAACACAGAAUUCAACAACCAGCCCUGUAGCAAUUGCAAA